UGUGGGCUGUUAGGUGGCUUGCUCCAUCCUCCCCGCAUCCCCGUCUCUCCUUUUCGUCCCAUCGACACAGGCCUCGGGUCUUCAAUAAACUACUUUUUCCUUGAAAUGGAGUGAUCGUGCAGAUGUUGCCUCGAACGACGGGUGGUGUUUCAAGGAAGAUUUUUUUGAAAAAAAAGAAAAAGAAAGCUGACUUGAGGACCCGGCGUAAAAGUGGGCCUCCGUGAUGCAGAGAUGCCAGGAGGGCGGCAGUCCCCAGCAGGGCCCUCGCAGGGUGGCCAUGGAGACCGGCUGGUCUGGGGGCAUCGGAGGGGACAGCCCAUGCGGAGAAAACGAGGAGCCGACAACACCGCGGCUCAGCACGGACUCGUACCCAGAAUCUGCCGACUCCAGUUAUUCAGAGUGCUACCAUCCCACUCCGCCGGAGAGCUAUGAAACCUGCCAUGACUGGCCAUCAGUGGGAUGCCUGAGUCAAGAUGGCACCGCUUCUGUGGAGCGAUAUAUCCGGCUGGAGAAAAAGUGGUUGCUAUGGCACGAAUUCAUGAAGGCACACUCCCAGUUUGACGACUGGCUGCGAUUGGCCGAAAAGACAGCUGCCUCCCCAAACUCCGCCCACGUACUUUACCUCACUGCCAAGGAGGAACUAAAAAAGUUUGAGAGUCUGCAGACGGAAACCAGGGCCCGUCUGCUCCAGCUGGACGGCCUGAACCAGCAGCGCCGCGUCCUGACCCGGCACUUCGGUGGGGCCAUGGGAGGGAGGCUGGCCGGCAUGGCGCGGGACUGCUGCCAGCGCUGGGACCGCGUCAGCAGGGCGGUGGACAGCAUCUGCCGUCGGCUCAAGCACUUUGUGACUCAGCGGGAGGACUUUGAGAGCCAGCGGGAGGAGAUGGCCAUCUGGCUGGCGGACAUGGACCUGCGGCUAACAGAGGUGGAGCACUUCUCCGGGAAGGACACCCGCGAGAAGAUGCACCAGCUGCAGAGCUUCCAGGAGGCGGUGGGGGAGAAUGCGGUGCGCCUGAACAGCCUGCUGGAGCGGGGCGAGGCCCUGAUUCAGCGCAGCGAGCCGGCCGAUGCCCAGGACAUCGAGGGGGGGCUGCAGGAGCUGCUGCUCUACUGCGCCCGCGUGUUCGAGGGGGUGGGCCAGCUCCACACACGUCUGCUCAGCAUGCGGCUGGUAUUUGAGGAAGACUGGCUGCUGGCCCCACCCCCCGACUCGGGCUGCCCCUCCGAGACCCCGCUGGAGGACGAGGGCGUUUUCGAGCGGGGCAGCCUCCCCGACCUGCAGGCGCCCCGAACGCCGCCCAGCUCGGACCACCUGGUGCUGGAGUGGGACCCCUCCGUGGACGUGGGGGGGUCGGUCUCCCUGGAUGAUGCGGACUCGUCCUACUUCAGCGCCGUAACAGGGCUGCACAACAUGGAGGAGCCUCUGUCCAAAGAUGCCAAGAGGAGGAGUUACCUGAGCACAGAGGGGUCCGGAUCAGACGUGAUCACCGCAGGGACACCGGGCAAGAGCACAGAAAGCAACAUGGAGCCUGCAAGCCCAGGCUUAUUCGGCCAGACCCUGGCACCUGGUACGCCAUCUCUUUGUUGUGCAGGUCCCAGCGAGGAAGGCCCCCUUCGCCUCUUCCACCAGAAAACCUCCACACCCAGUGAACACUCACCCGAGCCAGUGGCCUUUGACCCAGAGCGCAUUAGUGCCUGGCUUGGCUACAUCCCCACCGUUCAAGAGCGAAGGCCCUGUUCCAAGGCAGUCCAGACCGAGCAUGCUCAGGAGUUCAUUGCUUGCUCCGUCACUCACUGUGACUCCGCUCAGCGAUGCCCCUGGCCCAGCCCCGCCUUUGAGCAGCGCGACACCCCUGGGUCCGCCCAGUCGCUGGACUGUGAGGCCUGCCCUGACUGGACGAGCCGCAGACGACACCCAAACACUCAGUCUCCAGAGGAGAGAAAGUGCCAGCCGGCCUUGUCGGAGGCCAAAAUCGAUAUUGAACAACGGCUGGAGGAGGGCUCGCUGCGGCGGGCUAGCUGCGGCCCCUGGCCCCCGGGGGCCCCACGUUUUGCGCGGAUGCUGAGGGCCUCCCUCCUGCUCUACGUCCCAGUGGUCCUGCUGCUGGCGCUCUUCGCCUGGCUGCCGCCGGGCCCCCAGGGCCCCAGCUGUCACCGCGGCAACACGCUCGCCCGCUCCUUCCACCUCAUGCUGCACUACGUCAACGGCCCCCCGCCCACGUGAGGGUCUGGCCCUCGCCCCGCCCGACCCCCGCCCGGCGUGGCGGCGCCCCUGCGUUGCAAGCCACGCCCACAGGAGCACGGACACGGGCGCGUGCCACGCCCCUCCAGCACAGUGAAGAUCGCUUCCCUCGAGGAGAGAAGGACCAAACCACCCGCCACCAGUGACAGCAAAUGCGAGGUGGCGGACUGGCAUAGUGGUUAGGGGGUGGGUGCAAAUCAUGUGGCUGCAGGCUUGAAUCCCAGGUGCUGAACCACUAAGCAGGGUAGUUAAAUUGAACUGAUUCCGUAAAAUACCUGACUGCAUAAAUGAGUGAUAUUUAUACCAUGCAAGC